AUUUUUGUCAUUGAGACGAAACGGUUUUGUCGAGAUAAUGCGAGAUAUUUUCUCAUGGCUGGUAAAAACGGUAUAUAAUCUCGAUCAGCAGGUAAGAAGUUAAUUGCAGACCCUGUAUCCUCGACUCUCCGCCUCUCGAUGCGUGCAUCUUCCACGCGCGUGCGUCAGUGCUCGGAGCAGCCAGUCGCGUGAAGCUCUGAUGACAGACAGCAGCAGCCGAUAUCAGCUGAGAUGACCCACCGAGCAGCACAGCGUCUCGAGCGCGUCACGUCCUUCGACCCGGAGCGCGAAUAACCGCGGACGAGCGCGGAUCACAGACUGCAUCCUGCUAUCAGUCAGAGUGAAAGAACCCGGAGAUGUCUCAGAAGAAGAUAUUCCUAGCAUUGAUUGCAAUCAGUACUGUCAGCUUUCUUCUGCACCAUGGGGGUCACUUGAACUUGACAUUGGAGGCAUUCUGGUUUGGCUGUCCAAUCUCUAUGGCCUCCUCCACCCGGGGCAGCGGUGGACCUUCUGCUAAACACACCAGUGUAGCCUUCCUGAAGACGCACAAAACCGCCAGCUCCACUGUGCAGAACAUCCUCUUCCGCUUUGCUGAACGCAACAACCUCACUGUGGCGUUGCCUAUUACCACCUGUGACCACCAGUUCUGCUACCCUCGACCGUUCAGUGCCCACUUCGUUCAUCCACACACCACACCACCUGACAUCAUCACCAGUCACUUACGGUUCAGCCGGACUGAGCUACGACGCCUCAUGCCCAACAGCACAAUCUACAUCACGAUAUUGCGGGAACCGGGAGCAAUGUUUGAGUCUCUGUUUACCUACUUCAAUCAGUACUGUCUUAGCUUUAAACGUGUUCCAAAUGGCUCUUUAGAGACUUUCCUGGACCACCCGUGGAGCUACUAUCGUCCAGAAGAGAAGGAUUCAAUGUAUGCGAGAAAUACACUGACCUUUGACCUAGGCGGAGAUAAAGACCGGCCAUCUUCAGAGGCGCCAGCGUAUGCGAGACGAUUUGCCACAGAGAUGGAGCGAGUGUUCUCCUUGGUUAUGAUCGCGGAAUACUUUGACGAAUCUUUGGUGCUGCUACGCCGCCUGUUGUCUUGGGAUCUCAACGACGUUCUGUACGUUAGUCUCAACAUGCGCACGCCUGACUCCAAGAGUAGGCUUUCCAGUGAAAAUACAGCCAAAAUCAGAGCCUGGAACGCUAUAGAUUCCAUACUGUAUGAUUACUUCAAUGCCUCAUUGUGGCGACAGCUGAGAGAGUUGGGACUAUCGUGCGUUAAGCGUGAAGUCCAGCUGUUGCGUCAGUUUCGUGAUCGACUCGUCCACAGGUGUUUUGGAGGCCACUUGCCACCACUUCGCUCUGCUGCACAGAUCAUGAAUAAGGAAUUACGGCCUUGGCAGCCCAGUGCAAAAGUGGCAAUCGUUGGAUAUGAUUUACCAGUUAACAUGACACAAAAAGGCCGUGUUCCUCCACCAGAUGAGUGUCUAAAGAUGAUAAUGCCGGAAGUGCAAUACACACGGCUGUUGCUGCGAUCAGAAUCCUUACGUUAUCGAAAGAGGUUUCCAUUACGGAGCUCUCAGCAGACUUCACGAACUGUGGGACAAGCACGGGCACACAAAGAAUCCCGGAGUUUGAAUCCGCGAACCUCAAAGACGAUGUCUCAGAGCACCAAAGGAGCACUACGGCUUUCCCAAUCACCAGUGUAAAAGGAUGGUUAAACUUCUUUCCUUUUAUUCCCCAUUCCUUGCAGCUAAAUGUCCAUGAGAUGUUGGAAUUACUUGAAAGCUUGAGGUCAUACCUCAUUUUUAUUGGAUGUGAGCACAACCAAACAUGCACUCACAACAUAACUGUUCUAAAAGUUAGAGUGUUUCUCAACUUGAAAAGUAUAAAAGUGAAGGAAAAUAUACAUUGAAGUCUAAAAGCCUGACAUCUGGAAUGUGUCUCAAUCUCUCAAGGACCAUCUCUCCACAUACAUUCCAUCACUCACUAUUUGUAUUUAAGCCAUCAUUUCCCUUCUAGAAAAUCCUUAAUCAGCUUAAGUUAGUACCUAGUUUAAAUUGUUUAUAGCUACGUAGCUGAAGCUAAUCUCAUGUCAUUGCUGGUCUAAGCUUGUAUUGAAGGUUGAUCAGGUGUAUUACCUGCUGGUGAUGUUUAAAUGACAAGUUUAGUUACUACCUUGUUAGACUACCAGCUACAAACCAACUUGGUGUGACUUUGUUUUUUUUUUUUUUUUUUCUGGUAAUCACAUAAUGAGCAUUAUGAGGCUUCCUUUUUACCAACGGCACUCUGUUUGAGUGAACUUUUACACAUGCUUAUCAACAUACUGUCAGCUGCACCUGAGCCACAAAUCACCAUAACUGACCAUUCAGUUGUGGUCCAGAAAACCAGCAUCAUGUGUCGAUGAUGAUGCAGCCAUCUCGAAGGACAUUUAAAUAUUUAAUAAUUUAAACUUUAGCCUCUACUUGGGCAGUUCUAGGGUUACACAGCCCUACAUUUUUAUGAGGCCACUAUGGACCAGGCCAGAGAGGUUCAUCCUUGACUAGAAGCCGAGAAUGGUGACAAAACAGUUCAUGUACUUUGAAUAAUCAAAAACCAGAGUGAGCAGUGUGUUAGUUUCAUCUUGAUGUGUUUUUAUUGUGUUUUUUGGGAUAAUGCAGUGCAUUUGCAAAUAUAUAACUUAUGUAGGGUAAUUGAAUUAUAUCAGCUCCACAUUGUAGAGACUUACUCUACACAGUAAAUGCAAACUAUUCUAGCUGUGCACAAAUCAUUUUAACAAUGCCUGAUUGCAUACUUGUGUAGGGUGUCUAACUUUUCUUUAUUGGAGCUUCACUUAACAAAGGCAUUGUAAUGUAGAUGUACUGGUUGGUGAACGAACAAACAGUGGCCACCCUGAUGAAGAGUAAUGCCAGUUGAAUGUAAGAACAUUGCUCCAAUCUGAAUAUUGUGUCUUUACAAUUAAACCGCGACACUACAUUUAUUUAUUUUAACCUAGUGGUUCUCAGCUGGUUUGCAUUUGCAAAACAGAAGUGGCUUUGAAAUAAAUUUAAGCCAGUGUUUCCCAUCCCUGUUCCUGAAGGCACCCCAAUACUACACAUUUGUAACUCUUCCUAAACAAACACACCAUAAUUAACUCUUCAAUAGUGACUCUGAGACCUGAAAUUAUUGAUUAGAUUAGAGAGACCUCUAAAAUGUGUACUGCUGAGGUGCCUCCACUAACAUAGUUGGGAAACACUUAUUUAGGGCACCAAAUAGAAACCGAAUACCUCUGAAAGAACAGCCACUCAAAGUACAUCGUUUCUAACGUUGGUUUCUUUGCUGUUCAAAGAAAGGGAAAUGUAUUCUUGGACAGGAUGAAACUAAAUUUGCUGUUUUCACUUGAACUUUCCCGCAAUAAGAAUUCCCUUUGUACGGAAUUAGGUUUUUAAAAAAAAAAAUCAUAAUUCUCACCCUUCAUUUGGAAACAUCUUACGUAUUUCUUCAGACAUACUGUAUUUUAGAGAGUUAGUAUUUGGAGCAACAUAGCAAUAUGCACCAUAACACAAUUACUAGUCAAAUUAAGGUAUGUAGAAUAAAGCAUCACGUGUGUGUGUGUGUGAGAAAAAGCGACGGCGAGUAAUGCGCCUUAUUGUUUAAGGUACGUCAAAUACAGGCGCGUUGCACAUCCAUUCAUAUGAACUGAAAAAUAUCACAGAUCGCUUGAUCGAGAGUGAAACUCUGAAACACUUAGUCAGAGAGUGUUUGGCGAGUUAAAAUAUAUCUGUGCUAAACUUUCCCUUAGCUUCCAACUCACACACUAGCGAGUAAAAUCUGAGAAUGUAUUAGACAUUGGCUAUAAGACAUCAUUUAGUUGCCCAGGUAAAGAUUUACUUGCAAUGUAGAGGGUUGUUUGGGCUAGAAACCCUCUUGGUAGAAAAUGCUGGAGACAAUUCAGUGUUUUUAGUUAUCUCUGAUCUAUUGUAAGAGAAGAAUUAGAAGUAAAGCAUGCAGUGAUUUGCCAUAAUUUACUGUAUACAAAGAAUCUGCUGUGCAACCAGAUGACCUUGUCAUAAAGAGAGAGAUUUUCAUGCUUUUUGUGCUGGAUGAUUUGAUGACAAUAGAUGUUAUUCCAUCAAAUUCAUUCUUCCAUACACUAUUUAUUUAACUGCUGCAUUCAAUUACUUUUUAGGGGCUUUGAAUAAGAUGCUUCUGACAAUCAGAGGUUGGGUUCUGAAGCUGUGUAAUGAGAGAUGUGAAAACAUUGAGCAUUAAAGCUGGAAAAACAACAUC